AUGGAGGUCCAUACGGUAGUCUGUGCCCCGGUGAAGCAGCCCUCGUCCACUCCUCAGCCUCAACCUCAGCCUGCGCCCGCGGCGCCUGAGAAACGGAAGAGAGUGCGCAGAUGGCAUCACCGAGGCUUCACCGGCUGCUCCACCUGUCGCCGCCGUCACGUUCGCUGUGACGAAGCGUCACCAACCUGCAAGAAUUGCGCGCGUUUGGGUCUCGAAUGCGAUGGCACCCAAGGGCGUAUGACGUUCAAGGUCUACGGUCCUCCGCAACCCCAGGAAUCCUCCUCUUCUUCGUCAUCAUCAUCAUCACCCCCCGGGUCCCAGAAGCGUGAAAAGAAGCCUCCGGCCGGCGCGAUAACCACAUUCGCGGUCGACGGGAAAGUGAUCAAACGGGAGAGAGACGAUGGUGGCGAACCAUUCGAUGCAGUGGUGGUGUCUCCCACGACGCUCCCGGACACGAAACCCGUCAAAUAUCGCUUCCAGGACCCGGUAUCCCCGGCCGAGUUCAUGACUGCUUCAUUAGAUCUAGAGGGCCGAUAUUACACCCAUUUCAUUGAUCGAGUGGCGACAUUACUUCUCAUCUACGACAACUCCAUCAACAUCAAUCCUUACCGUCGAUAUUUCCCCGAUCUUGCCCGAUCAUCUCCGUCCAUGGCCAGUGCGAUGCAGGCGCUGGGUGCAUUGCAUCUUGCAAAUACCUCGCGCGGUCAACAGCGGAUCCUUCAUUUCCAACACGCCAUGGGCAAAUACGGGGAAGUCGUCAAAUCUUUCAGAACCAGGUACAACCAAGCGGGGCAGCAUUUGCAAUUAACAGAUUUUGCCACCUGUUUACUGUUGAGUCUUUUCGAGAUGAUGGACUCGCAGCAUCACAAUUGGGGUGUCCAUCUCAAAGGAGCCCGCGAAAUCUAUCGUCUCCUGUUUAUUCCGAAUAGCGACCCCGCCAAGGAAGCUCAACGCGUCGCCGAGACCAACCAUCCGUUGCGACAAUUCCUCGUUUCUCUAUUAUCCUAUCUCGACGUCGCCGGUGCGUGUGCUACCUCAGAAGGGACGGUGGUCGAAGGGAGCUACUGGCGAACGCAUGGGGGUGGUUGGGAGUACAAUCUGGGGACCCCAAGUCUCUCGACCGAGACGCCGGCCGAGCACUCGCUACUCGUGGAACUUCGACAAUGCUGGUCCGUCAUGAUGGAGAUCCAGGCGGCCAUCAGCUCAUUCGGAAAGGCAAAAAGCCAGGGGUGGAUGUCAUACGAGCAGCAAGAUCUGGUUUCGCGUGGGUUGUUCACCCGGCUAGCCGAGUGGCGACUCAACGCCCCCCAGUGUUUCCAGCAACUUGGCGACUUGGAUGACGAAAGUCUGCGGCGAUAUCCCUUCCCCGAAAUUCUGGAAUAUACGGGAUGCAUCGAGGCGUAUGAAAAGGCGACCAGUCUCUACCUGCACAAGGUGGCGGCGGCCGAGCGGCCCGACCGGCAGCCGCCUCUAGCCGUGAUGGACAUGCUCGCCACGCGCAUUCUGAGUCUGAUCGGCAAGCUUGCCAAGGAUGUCGGGCAACUGGCAGUGCUCUGGCCUCUGUUUACGGCGGGGCGUCAGACUCGGGAUGAACGGGAACAGAAAUGGGUGCGACAAACCAUGCUCGAUUUGCAGCGGUUUGGAUUUAAGAACGUCGACAAAGCCCUCGAUGAGCUAGAGCAGGCCUGGUUCAAACAACGCGCCUUCCCCGAAGGAUGGAUCGACAAGAUGGACGACGUCCGGUCCUCGAUUCUCCUGCCAUGA